UUAUAAUAACUUGAAUCCUAGGAAGAAAUGAAUAGGUACGACAUAAAAAAUAUUCAAGUGGGAACAAAAAUCGCCCCAGCAUAAAACGAGAAGAAGAGCAGUGGAUUUUCCUAUAAAGAAGAGUUAAAAAACAAAGCGGAAAAUAAAAAGUGAAAAAGAAAAAGCGAAUGAGAGAGCGUAAGGGGACGAGACUAGUAGGCCGUGUUUACUUUCGCUUUUUCUACUUUUUCUUUUUUCCCAGUUUUUAUUUAUGUUUUUUUUUUUUUUGUUUUUACCUUUUGCCCCCUCUAUUCUUUCCUUUUUCACUUUGCAGUCCCCGCCUCACCCCCUUCUUCUUCUGCUUCCUCUUCUUCCCCCCGCUGUCCCAAAAAUCCUUGGCGUAUUCCUCACUCUCAAAUCCCCCUCCUAACUCUACCCGCAUUGUGUUGUAUUGGUUUUAGCGAGAAAGAAAGAGUGGAGUAAGCGUAGUGAGCUCUACUAAGGAGUGGUGAGGAAGAAGCGUGGUAAGAUGCGAAGGAUACGUACUUGUUGCAAAGGCGAGGUUUUGGGAGCGGUACGGAAGCACGCAUAAUGCUGGGAAUCGCCGGCGAGCCUCUUCCCCCGCCGCACCCCCACCUCCGCGCCGCCGCAGCGAGCUGCGAGCUCCACCCGGAGGAGACCGUCACCGGGUUCUGCGCCUCAUGCCUCCGCGAGCGCCUCGCCGGGCUCGACGCCGCGGCCGCCUCGGCCUCCGCCGCCGCAGCAGCCCCCGGGCGCAAGUCCACAUCCGCCCUCAAGUCCCUCUUCUCCAAGGUCUCCGGCGGCGGCGGCGGCGGCGGUGGAGCUCAGGCUCCGUCGUCGUCGUCGUGCUCUAGCGCCGCCUUCCUCCGCCCGGAGCUCCGCCGGUGCAAGUCGUUCUCCUGCGGCCGCGGCGGCGGCGGCGCCCCGGCGACGAGCUUCGAGCCGCAGCGCCGUUCCUGCGACGUCCGCGGCCGCAGCACGCUCUGGACCCUCUUCCACCAGGACGACAGGGACCGCGUCAGGGACGGCGCCGUCCAUAACCCCUUCCUCCCGUCCUCCUCCUCCUCGGCGGCGGCGGCGGCGGCGGCGGAGCUCGGUGGGGAGAUCGAGGUGGAGCGCCCCCUAGAUCUAGGGCUCCCCCCUCCGUGCGUGGUCGAAACCCGCGAAGAGGAGGAGGAGGAGGAGGAGGAGGAGGAGGAGGCGGGGGACGAGAUUAGGGUGUCGGAUCCGGUCCUCGUCCUGGGGAGCUCGGGGGAGAUAGAAGGGAACGAGACCCCGGAGCUGAAGCCCAUGAAGAUCCACAUCGAUCUGGAGUCGAAGUCGCGGAAGGCCCCCCCCAAGGACCUAAAAGAGAUCGCGGGGAGCUUCUGGCUCGCCGCCUCCGUCUUCAGCCGCAAGUGGCACAAGUGGCGGCGCAAGCAGAAGCUCAAGAAGACCGCCAACGCCGCCUCCGCCGCCGCGGCCUCUGCCGCCGCGCAGCGGGAGAAGCCCCUUCGGCCCUCUUCGUCCUCGCGGCUGCGGCUCCGGGAGAAGCGCUUCCGGGACACGCAAUCCGAGGUCGCGGCUGGGGACGCGCUCGGGCGGAGGUCCUGCGACACCGACCCGCGCUUCUCCCUCGACGCGGGGCCCCGCGCCUCCUUCGACGACCCCCGCGCAUCCUGGGACGAGCCCCGCGCCUCGUGGGACGGGUACCUCAUCGGCGCCCGAUCCGUGCUCGCGCGCCUCCCCCCCAUGCUCUCCGUCGCCGAGGACGACGUCUCUGCCGCACCGGCUGUCCCCCGAUCGGAUGGUCAGAUCCCCGUCGAGGAGGACGCAGCCGCCGCUGCGAGCAUCCCGGGCGGCUCCGCCCAGACGCGCGAUUACUACUCGGACUCCAACCGCAGGCGCCGCAGCUUCGAGCGGUCCAAUUCUGUUCGCAAAGCGUCGGCUGAGGUGGUCGCCAAUGCCAGGGUGGCGUCACCGCCCGGUGGUGCGGAGUUCUACCACUUCCACCAUGCUGCGGCCGUGCUCGAUCGCGAUUCAAGAGAGUUGAAUUUGAGCUCCAACUCUCUGAGAGAUGACGUCUCGGAGAGCUUUGAAUCGGCCUUCACAAACCAUCAUAAAGGGACGCAUGCGAAGAAGUCCAGAAGAUGGAGCAAAGCGUGGAACAUUUGGGGGUUUAUAUACCGUAGAAGCGGCAGCAAGGAAGGACCCAAUGCGAUCGAUAGAUCUUUCUCGAGGGGGCAUGGCAACGGCAAGAUGCUAAGGAGCACUAGCAGUGUGAGCGCGAGGAGUUCGUUUAGUGCCAAUGGUGAGUUUGGAAGCAUGAGGAGGAUAGGAUUAGAGGGCAAUGGUCAUGCGAAGAAGAGGAGGGAUGACUUUGUGCUGGAGAGGAAUAGGAGUGCUAGGUAUUCUUCUCCGGGUCGGGUCGAUAAUGGGAUGCUUCGGUUUUACUUGACGCCGAUGAGAAGUGGACGGAGGAAUGGAGUUUCCGGGAAGGGGAGGCCUGUAGGCUCUCAUUCCUCUGCAAGGAGCAUGCUUCGGUUGUAUUGAAGUCACUAAUUUGGCUAGAUACAGGAAGACCACCUACUCCAAUCUUUUGGACUUCAAUUACAAAUACUGGGCCCUUCAGGUGUUCACCAUGUUAGAGAACAAGACCUACAUGUCCCCAGAGACAACAAUUGGGCCCAUCAAUCCAUUCAGUUCAAAUCGGUGCAGUCCACUUACCUAAAGACUCUGCUGCUGGUCAUCAAGAUAUCUUUGGAUGCUCUUAAAACAUGACCCACCAAUCUGCAAGAUUCAUGCAAAAAGAGUUGAAAAGAGAGACAUUGAGGAACUAAAGGACAGCAUGCUGCAUUUAUUGCAACAACCCAUGGGUGGAGAGAUCAAGCAGCUUACCUCCAAUAGAUUAACUUGGCAAGCAAAGCGUAUGCAAUUUUUUGCAAUAAUCCAAAUAUUAUUGCACAUCUUAUGGAAACAAUUGCACCGUUGAAGUGAUCUUAUUAUGCUGUGAUAGUGUCUGGGUCACACAUUACAGUUCCAUUAUCUCGUUUCCUAAUAUGAUGCAUGGAGCCGAAAUUGUUGAUGCUGAAACAUCUCAAUGAGUAGGGGAAUUCAAGAAGUCUACUAUAAAGCGAGGAGUAGUAGUUGAGGAUUUCCUUUUGAACCCAGGCAAAAGUGUUGAAAUUCUGAUUUUAUCCAGAGUUUGCAACUUGCAGUUGUGGCCCUUUCCUGCAUUGUAACGUUUUUAGUGAUUUCUUCUAGCUGAUUCAGAUCUGAGAAUCUGGAGAUGCUAAUGUAGUUUCUGAGAUGUUGUGUAGAAGUGCUAUACAUCUGGAAUAUAGUUUUGGGUGAUUUUCUUAACAA